GAAGAGUCAGCGCUUUCUCAGUGUUGGCCUCAAAACCUAGUGCUGCUACUAGGUAGCUUGUCGCGCCCUUUGGUCUGUGACGAGGACUGGCCAAGGGCGUUUUUUUCCCAGCAGUGCCUAGUAAGCUUUGCGCAACUCCUCCACUCAUGGCCGGCCAUGAUCCAGCCAGAAGUGCUGGCGGCGAUGCCUGCCAAACAGUAUUUGGAGCACUUCCACCUGGACUUCUAUCUGUCAGAGGCGGUCUCUCUGGAGGGCCCGUCGGCCCCGGAGUUGCUGCGAGAGUUCUGGCAGGGCGUCUUGGAUGGAAGCCGCCUGCAGUCCAAGGGUGUCGCGUACUUCAGGACUGCAGUUGCGACUCCAGAGAACCGGCGGGCCUUUGUGGCAUUGAUGAGGCAACGCCUGAGUCGCGUGGUGCCGGACCCAGAGACCCUGGCUGUGACACCCCUCGACUUCCACGACAUGCUGGUUUUUGUUUGUCCUGACUUCCCCUUGAGCCUGGUGAUCGACGCUGCAGAGUUCGCCCAACGCGCGGACAGAGAUGGGUACCGAGUCCUUGGACAGAUGGCAGGCGGUGGCAGACAUGUUGCUGCAGCGCUGGAUGCAGGCGAGGUCUUGUCUCCACUUGCAGACUUGCAGCGCAUGGUGGAGUGCCGCCUAGUCUACGCUGAGGUGCUCGAAGCAGUGCGCAGCCUCUAUUCUUGCAAAGGAGAUGAUUGCCAGGUGCCACUCACCCGCCUGUCCGUUGUCACGCAUCUCAGGGAACUUUUCAACGGCAUGAGCAUCCCGCUGGGCGCCGCCACACCCAGCAGCAGAGCUCUGCAGCAGUUCUUGCAGGGCUCUUGUACCGUGGAGGGCUGCCUUGCACAGCUCACUCUGCAUGAGGCAGUGCGGGAGGUGGCGAAGCACUUUGAGCUCGUGCCCCCACCAAUCCCUGAUUGCCUGCUGAAGGCGCCACCUGCGGAGGAGCCGCAAGCAAGCGAAGCUGAAGAGAGGGAGGGCCCAGAAGACAAGGAGACGGAGAAAGAGAAGGAGGCCACCACUGAGGCAGCAGAAGCCCUGGGACGCACGUUCCAGGGCGGCGCCCGGCCGCGGCCGCCAGAGAGGCGUCGCUUUGAGCGAAGCGCCAGUGGUAGCAUGCUGCGUGCACGCAGUGGUCGGCCAUAGGCUGAAGUGGGUAGAUGGCGACACGUUCCCAAAGAGGGACGCUCCUGGAUAGCAGGA